ACAAAUCACUCAAAAUAUCAGAACGUAGAAGACAAAAGUUAGAAGCAAUGUUGAAGGUUUCUCUUAGAUUGUCAUUGUUGGGGUUUCUGCUGAUCGCCGUCGUGACUCCAUCGGCGAACGCGAGGCAGUCCGUCGUUCUCGGAGGGAAGUCAGAUAUUUCGAACGUUCAGACCAACAUGGAAAUUCAGGAGCUUGGAAGGUACUGCGUGGAGCAAUUCAAUCUACAAGAACAGAGCGAGCAAGGAAACGUAGCAUCCAUUGCGAAAACAGACCCAGCCGUGUUGAAUCCAUUGAAGUUUAGUCGAGUUGUGUCGGCUCAGAAACAGGUCGUGGCUGGUACCAAAUACUAUCUAAGGAUUGAAGUGAGUCAACCCGAUGGCACGACCAGGAUGUUUGACUCUGUUUUGGUUAUUCAACCAUGGCUCCAUUCUAGGAAGUUACUCGGUUUCACUCCUGUUGCUAGUCCUGUCUACUAACUUCAUUUCUUAUUUGACAAAACAAAUUUCCAUCAUAUGAUAAAACAAAAAAAUCCAAAAAGGUGUAUGAUAUGAAACUAUUAACGAUGGGUUAAUAGUUGGUUGUAAUGUUGUUUAUGUUGUUCAUAAAUAAAGACGAAAGUUA